GCCCCCGUCACGUGACGAAGCAAUCAUGGCGGCGGCCAGAGGCCUGCCCGGCUCCCGGAAGCAGGCUGUGAGGGGCGGGAGCGCUGCUGGAACCCAAGCCGGAGCCGGAGCCACAGCGGGGAGGGUGGCCGGGCGGCCUGGAGCCGGACGUGACCGGGGCGUCCCCGCAGACCGGGGCAGCAGGUCGUCCGGGGGCCCACCAUGCUGGUGACUGCCUACCUUGCUUUUGUAGGCCUCCUGGCCUCCUGCCUGGGGCUGGAACUGUCAAGAUGCCGGGCUAAACCCCCUGGAAGGGCCUGCAGCAAUCCCUCCUUUCUUCGAUUUCAACUGGACUUCUAUCAGGUCUACUUCCUGGCCCUGGCAGCUGACUGGCUCCAAGCCCCCUACCUCUAUAAACUCUACCAGCAUUACUACUUCCUGGAAGGUCAAAUUGCCAUCCUCUAUGUCUGUGGCCUUGCCUCUACAGUCCUCUUUGGCCUAGUGGCCUCCUCCCUUGUGGAUUGGCUGGGUCGCAAGAAUUCUUGUGUCCUCUUCUCCCUCACUUACUCACUAUGCUGCUUAACCAAACUCUCUCAAGACUACUUUGUGCUGCUAGUGGGCCGAGCACUUGGUGGGCUGUCCACAGCCCUGCUCUUCUCAGCCUUCGAGGCCUGGUAUAUCCAUGAGCACGUGGAACGGCAUGACUUCCCUGCCGAGUGGAUCCCAGCUACCUUUGCUCGAGCUGCCUUCUGGAACCAUGUGCUGGCUGUAGUGGCAGGUGUGGCAGCUGAGGCUGUAGCCAGCUGGAUAGGGCUCGGGCCUGUAGCGCCCUUUGUGGCUGCCAUCCCUCUCCUGGCUCUGGCAGGGGCCUUGGCCCUUCGAAACUGGGGGGAGAACUAUGACCGGCAGCGUGCCUUCUCAAGGACCUGUGCUGGAGGCUUGCGCUGCCUCCUGUCGGACCGCCGCGUGCUGCUGUUGGGCACCAUACAAGCUCUAUUUGAGAGUGUCAUCUUCAUCUUUGUCUUCCUCUGGACACCUGUGCUGGACCCACAUGGGGCCCCUCUGGGCAUUGUCUUCUCCAGCUUCAUGGCAGCCAGCCUGCUUGGCUCUUCCCUGUACCGUAUCGCCACCUCCAAGAGGUACCACCUUCAGCCCAUGCACCUGCUCUCCCUUGCUGUGCUCAUCGUCGUCUUCUCUCUCUUCAUGUUGACUUUCUCUACCAGCCCAGGCCAAGAGAGUCCAGUGGAGUCCUUCAUAGCCUUUCUACUUAUUGAGUUGGCUUGUGGACUAUACUUUCCCAGCAUGAGCUUCCUACGGAGAAAGGUGAUCCCUGAGACAGAGCAGGCUGGUGUACUCAACUGGUUCCGGGUACCUCUGCACUUACUGGCUUGCCUAGGGCUCCUUGUCCUCCAUGACAGUGAUCGAAAAACAGGCACUCGGAAUAUGUUCAGCAUUUGCUCUGCUGUCAUGGUGAUGGCUCUGCUGGCAGUGGUGGGACUCUUUACCGUGGUAAGGCAUGAUGCUGAGCUGCGGGUACCCUCACCUACUGAGGAGCCCUAUGCCCCUGAGCUGUAACCCCACUCCGGGUCAAGAUAGCUGGGACAGACUCUUGAAUUCCAGCUAUCCAGGAUUGUACAGAUCUCUCUGUGACUAACUUUGUGACUCUGUCCUGUGGUUUCUCCUGCCAUUGCUUUGUGUUUGGGAGGACAUGAUGGGGGCGAUGGACUGGAAAGAAGGUGCCAAAAGUUCCCUCUGUGUUACUCCCAUUUAGAAAAUAAACACUUUUAAAUGAUCA